UGGCCUGAGUAACUGACCCUGAGCGACCCUGAGCUCAAUGGCGCGGGAACGCGCCACGCGCAACAACCGCCCCACAGUGCCUCGCGCCGCGCACGCGCAGUCCGCGGCUCCCGGCGUGCAGCGCUGCGGCCGAGCGGCAGCGGGCCGCUUUAGGCAGCCCCACCGGGCCGCUAGGUCCGAGGCAGCAGGAGCAUGGCGCUGAAACGGAUCCAGAAGGGUCUCUCUGUACCCUGAGCUGGCCAGGAAUUCAGUAUGAAGACCAGACUGGCCUCAGACUCAACAGAGAUCUGCCUCUGCCUCCCAACUGCUGGGAUUAAAGGAACUGACCGAUUUACAGAGGGAUCCUCCUGCCCAGUGUUCUGCAGGACCUGUGGGUGAUGACUAGCACUCCCUGGGGUCAUGGAUGAGAGGACAUGGGUGGCAUUGGGGCAAAGAGGCCCCACAGGCCCAAGAGAGUCUGAAGAGGAUUUCAAAAACAAGGGAAGAACUGGGAAUAGAAAGGGCUCAUCAAGAGCAACAUGUAUUCCACUGGCAGGCCACCAUCAUGGGCCCGAAUGACAGUCCUUACCAAGGAGGUGUUUUUUUCCUGACCAUCCACUUUCCUACAGAUUAUCCUUUCAAGCCCCCAAAGGUUGCUUUCAGUACCAAAAUCUAUCACCCCAAUAUCAACAGCAAUGGCAGCAUCUGCCUGGACAUCCUGCGGUCACAGUGGUCUCCAGCACUGACUGUGUCCAAAGUUCUCUUGUCCAUCUGCUCUCUGCUCUGCGACCCCAACCCUGAUGACCCAUUGGUGCCCGAAAUAGCCCACACCUACAAGGCCGACAGAGAGAAGUACAACAGACUAGCAAGAGAGUGGACACAGAAAUAUGCUAUGUAAGUGCCUCGAAGGUACCAUGGGAUACAUUGUCCAAGAGAAGCUUGCCAAGCAGAGAGGUCUUCCUGUGAAGCCCUGAGCUAUUGGUUGAGGCACUCACAGAACAUCCUCUGUUAUUCACAUGCGCGCUGCCAUUCAUUCUCCCUGGCUGCAGCGUGUUGGUGCCUCUCUCCAUAAUUGUGGCUUGACAUAUCGCACCUUGAUGCCAAAUGAACAACCAGCGUCUUGAUCUGCAGCCUUCCUGGUUACACUAGGGUCGGUCUAUCUGCCCCACCGCAUCUGCUUGUCUCUGGGAAACCAAGCCAUGCAUGCUUCCCCUACUUGUCCUCAAGCAGUGCCACCACUCACUGUGGCACCACAGGGGCCCAGCCUGGCCCCAAACCACAUGCCCUUUGCCUUUAGAACACAGUGCUGUCCUGAGGACCCAGGGCAGAGGGCUUUCUUCAUAUCUUGUCUGCCACAGAAUGAUAUCCUGAGGCAUGUUGAGCACAUUCUGGAGGCUCCUGGAAAUUGGGACAGCAUCACUGUAAAGUGCUUCUGCUGUCUUCCACUGUCUUCCUUAGCAGUGCUACAUGCUGCAUUUCUCUCCUCACAUCAGACACAGCAAGUGGAAAAUGUCAGGAUGUAAACAUCUAACACCCAUGAAAGAGGACUACCUUCUAGAAGCAAGAGGAGAACUAUCAAACACGGAGAGAUUUUGGGUUAUCCUUUUCUAUGUGAUGAGGGUUUUUCCCACCUCCUCCCACUGGGAACUUACAUGAAGUUCAAGCAUAAGCCAUUCACAGACUGGAACAUAAAGAGGGAGACAAACUCUAAAUGCAACUAAAAAGUUCCCUCAUAACUCUUAAUAGUAAUUGACAUUUAAGUCUUUUUUUCAGAAAGAUUUUUUUUUUGGUCCUUUUGAGACAGGGUUUUAUGGGAUGCGCGGGGAUCUUGGAGCGCCAGCUGCUGGGCUUGUGCGCCGCUGGGGUGCGGCCGCGUUGCUGUUCGGGUCCCUCCUGUGCAGGUUCCUGUCUCUAUGUGUUGCUGAGGCUCUCCGCGACUACUGGAUGCUGGUGACUCUAUGGGUCGCUGUGCUUCCAGGCGAGUUCUGUUCCAAGCUACCGGGCAGUCCCUCUAUGUUUCGCGAUCCGUUGGC